GAGCCGCCGCGGGGGGACGAUGCUGAUGCCUGCGUGACGGUCAGCAGCGAGCGCGACGAGCUGCUGCCAGCAUGAACAGGAAGAAGGGAGACAAAGGGUUCGAGAGCCCCAGGCCCUAUAAACUGACUCAUCAGGUAGUUUGUAUCAACAACAUAAAUUUUCAGAGAAAGUCUGUUGUCGGUUAUGUAGAAUUGACAAUAUUUCCCACGGUUGCAAACCUGAAUAGAAUCAAACUGAACAGUAAACAGUGCCGAAUUUACAGAGUAAGAGUCAAUGAUCUGGAAGCAGCUUUCAUCUAUAAUGAUCCAACGCUGGAGGUUUGUCACCAUGAGUCAAAGCAGAGGAAUCUCAACUAUUUUUCCAAUGCCUACGCUGCUGCAGUCAGUGCUGUGGACCCGGAUGCUGGAAAUGGAGAGCUCUGCAUCAAGGUUCCCUCGGAGCUGUGGAAACAUGUUGAUGAGUUAAAAGUCCUGAAGGUGCAUAUAAAUUUUUCUCUGGACCAGCCAAAAGGAGGGCUUCAUUUUGUGGUACCCAGUAUGGAAGGCAGCAUGGCAGAGAGAGGGGCUCAUGUCUUCUCAUGUGGUUACCAAAACUCUACAAGAUUUUGGUUUCCUUGUGUUGAUUCAUAUUCUGAGUUGUGUACCUGGAAACUUGAGUACACUGUAGAUGCUGCAAUGGUGGCCGUUUCAAAUGGAGAUUUGGUGGAAACUGUGUAUACUCACGAUAUGAGAAAGAAGACUUUUCAUUACAUGCUGACGAUUCCAACUGCAGCUUCUAAUAUCUCCCUGGCCAUAGGACCUUUUGAAAUCCUUGUUGAUCCAUAUAUGCAUGAGGUGACACACUUUUGCUUACCCCAGCUUCUGCCAUUGCUCAAACACACCACGUCGUACCUUCACGAGGUGUUUGAGUUUUAUGAGGAGAUUCUUACCUGUCGCUAUCCGUACUCCUGUUUCAAGACUGUUUUCAUAGAUGAAGCAUAUGUUGAAGUAGCUGCUUAUGCGUCCAUGAGUAUUUUUAGCACAAAUCUCCUACACAGCGCAAUGAUUAUAGAUGAAACUCCACUGACAAGGAGGUGUUUAGCACAGGCUUUGGCCCAGCAAUUUUUUGGAUGUUUUAUAUCCAGAAUGUCAUGGUCAGAUGAAUGGGUGCUAAAAGGAAUCUCGGGCUAUAUUUAUGGCCUUUGGAUGAAGAAAACCUUUGGUGUUAAUGAGUAUCGCCACUGGAUUAAACAGGAGCUAGAUCAAAUAGUGGCAUACGAACUGAAGACUGGUGGAGUUUUGCUGCAUCCAAUAUUCGGAGGAGGAAAAGAGAAAGACAACCCUGCAUCACACUUACAUUUUUCUAUCAAACACCCCCAUACACUGUCGUGGGAAUAUUACACCAUGUUCCAGUGUAAAGCACAUCUUGUGAUGAGACUGAUUGAGAACAGGAUCAGCAUGGAGUUCAUGUUACAGGUUUUCAACAAGUUGUUGAGUCUGGCCAGCACUGCUUCGUCUCAGAAGUUCCAGUCGCACAUGUGGAGUCAGAUGUUGGUUUCCACAUCUGGGUUUUUGAAAUCUAUCUCAAAUGUCUCUGGCAAAGACAUCCAACCUUUAAUAAAGCAAUGGGUCGAUCAGAGUGGAGUGGUAAAAUUUUAUGGUAGCUUUGCAUUUAAUAGAAAACGGAACGUAUUGGAAUUGGAAAUAAAGCAAGAUUACACAUCUCCUGGGACUCAGAAAUAUGUGGGUCCUCUUAAAGUGACAGUGCAAGAACUUGAUGGAUCGUUCAACCAUACGUUGCAGAUUGAAGAAAAUAGUCUUAAACAUGAUAUACCUUGCCAUUCUAAAAGUAGAAGAAAUAAGAAGAAAAAGAUUCCACUGAUGAAUGGAGAAGAGGUGGACAUGGACCUUUCUGCCAUGGAUGCUGACUCCCCUUUGCUCUGGAUAAGAAUAGAUCCUGAUAUGUCAGUCCUGAGGAAGGUUGAAUUUGAGCAGUCUGAUUUCAUGUGGCAGUAUCAGCUUCGCUAUGAGAGAGAUGUGGUGGCCCAGGAAGAAGCCAUCCUGGCAUUGGAAAAAUUCCCCACUCCGGCAUCACGGCUUGCGCUGACCGAUAUCCUAGAACAAGAGCAGUGCUUCUACCGAGUGAGAAUGCUGGCCUGUUUCUGCCUUGCAAAGAUUGCAAAUUCCAUGGUGAGUACGUGGACAGGACCACCAGCCAUGAAGUCACUUUUUACCCGAAUGUUUUGCUGUAAGACUUGUCCAAACAUUGUGAAGACCAACAACUUCAUGAACUUUCAAAGCUACUUUCUGCAAAAGACUAUGCCUGUUGCCAUGGCUCUUCUGAGAGAUGUUCACAAUCUCUGUCCUAAGGAGGUUUUAAUGUUUAUUUUGGAUUUGAUCAAGUAUAAUGAUAACAGGAAAAAUAAGUUUUCAGACAACUACUAUCGUGCUGAGCUGAUUGAUGCUCUAGCCAACUCUGUGACUCCGGCAGUCAGCGUGAACAAUGAAGUUCGAACACUGGAUAACUUAAAUCCUGAUGUUCGACUGAUUCUUGAGGAAAUUACCCGGUUCCUAAAUAUGGAGAAGCUUCUUCCUAGCUACAGGCAUACCAUUACAGUCAGCUGUUUAAAGGCUAUUCGAGUGCUUCAGAAGAAUGGUCAUGUUCCAAGUGAUCCUGCUCUCUUUAAGUCCUAUGCGGAAUAUGGACACUUUGUAGAUGUCCGAAUAGCAGCGUUGGAGGCGGUUGUUGAUUAUACAAAAGUUGAUAGAAGCUAUGAAGAGCUUCAGUGGCUCCUCACCAUGGUUCAUAAUGAUCCAGUACCCUACAUAAGGCAUAAAAUUCUGGAUAUGCUGACUAAGAAUCCACCUUUUACAAAGAACAUGGAGUCCCCUUUAUGUAAUGAAGCUUUGGUAGAUCAACUUUGGAAACUGAUGAAUUCAGGAACGUCUCAUGACUGGAGGUUACGAUGUGGGGCUGUGGACCUCUAUUUUACCCUUUUUGGCCUCAGCAGACCUUCGUGUUUACCAUUACCAGAGCUUGGACUUGUUCUUAAUCUCAAAGAAAAGAAAGCAGUGCUCAAUCCAACGAUUAUUCCUGAAUCGGUGACAAAUCCUCAGGAACCUGUGAACAGUGCGAACAAUCACGGACAGUCAGUAGGAUUUCAGAGCACCGAGGAUGAUCAUCUUGUUAAGGAAACAGUAUCCAGCAUUUCUGGUCAUCAGCAGGGGGUGAAGAGGAAGGCUGAUACGCCACUCGGGUCUCCCUUGGAGCCAGGGCAAAUACUAGAGAAGAAUGAAGAUAGUAAAGUCAAACUCAAAAUCAGAUUCUCAAACUCUCAAGAAGAGGAAGAGAUUGAUAUGGACACAGUUCAUGACAGUCAAGCCUUCAUUUAUCAUCAUUUGAAUAUGUUGGAGAGACCGUCAACACCAGGUAAAGAACAGUCUUCGGGAGAGAUAAUCAUGCACCCUGUCGCAGCAGCUCCACUCUCUGUAUUCAGUAAAGAGUCGAACUCCUCAAAACACAGUGAUCACCAUCACCACCACCACCAUGAGCACAAGAAAAAGAAGAAGAAACACAAGCAUAAGCAUAAGCAUAAACAUAAACAUGAUAGUAAAGAAAAGGAAAAGGAUCCUUUUUCUUUCUCUAACAGUCCAGCAAGCGCACGAUCAAUCCGUUCUCCAUCCCUUUCAGACUGAUAUCAGUGGCUCUAGGAUACAGCUUGCAAUAUUCUGAAUACUUAGAAGGAUGGGUAUAACUAUAGCUUCGAUCUCUUUUUUAUGGAUAUAGGAAUAUGUGAAUUGCCCUAGCAAUUCUGCAGUUCUGCCACAAUCCUAAUUGAAGUCUUCUAUAUGCAUAUGCAGUUAUUGAA